AACACGCACUAUCAGCAUCACGACAACACACUGACGCACACCACACGCACCGCAUGCACAACAAGGACAAAAUAAAGUCACAAACAACUCGCUUCUUCUCCAAGCACUUGCAACAAAGGCAAGAGGCAUGAUGAGAAAGCAAAGGCAGCAAGGCUGGUUGAAAGCAGAACUAAAGGCCAAGGUGGUCAGCAACGACGACGACAAUGCGAAUAAGGAUGGGCAGCGACUCACAUUAUGCCCUUUCGACACAAGUCGUGCCAUGCUGAAGCCAGAAGGCCAGCAGAAGAUUGAGGAACGUGAUUGCCUCUCCUCCAAGAGCGGUCACCCCAAGGGUGAAGAAAGGAAGAAAGCAAGAAGGAGGUUUGGGGGAAACGCAAAAUAUUUAUACCUUCUGUGGGCGGCGCGCGAGUCAGGAAAUGGACGCUGCAUACGUAAGCGUGCAUUGCGGUGCCGUUGCGAGGGAGGCAGGCCAUGUCGUCAUGGGAGUCUGAUUGGUCAGGGGGUUGGCGGGCGUUGUGUGACGACGGCGAGCAUGCUCGAAAGACGGCGAGCCAGGUCUCGCUGGCCGUUGGAGGAGGUUGUUGGUGGUAAGAGCGAGGUCAGCCGGGUGUUGAGAGAGCCAUCAUGGAUCUUAACAACACAUGGCGACCGUGGGAGGAUGCGAGGAGGGCAGGCGUGUGGUCCUGCUCGCAGACUGGCCGCGUUCCGCUCGCUGGCUUUCGCCCUCGGCGCUCGGUCUCAGUUGAGAGAUUUAACAAUGCUCGCCAGAGAAUUGCAGUGAAAGAGAGUGCCACAAGGGCAAAUGACUUUUCGUAGCUCUGCAGAAGCUAUCAACACAACCACACAACAUUGGAGCAAGCAUACCUCCUCAAGCCGGCAGAGGAGUGGAAGUCUUGCUCUUAUCAAGCGCCGCAGCAGAGUCAGCAACCUCAGCCGCGGUUUCAGCGACCUUCUUCUCCUCCGUCGCCUUAUGCACGCCAUUUGUGUCUCCGCCUCCAACCUUCCCGCCCAUCUGC